AUGCUCAAACUCGCAGCAAUCGCAGCGUUGGUAUGCAUAACAUCGGCCGGACUCAACCCAUUUGGACUAAUGGGCGGACUCGUCCACAAUGCGCUUACCGGUGCCAAUCAGGCAGUACAUCAAAGCCUGGAUAUAGCGGGAAAACAUGCGGACAUUCAAACUCACCUGGCUUAUGGUAUUAUUGGAAAGGUGCUGGGUGAAAACAAUAUAAUUCAUAAAGUACUCGGUGGUGCCAAUCAGGCUGCCCAUAGCGUAAAAAACUCACGUGAUUUCACCGGCAAAGUUGUGUUGGUCACUUUGUCCAACUCGGGUCUGGCCGAGGGUACUAUCAAAUUGUUUUCAAUACUCGGCGCCAAUUUGGUCAUCACCGGAACCAAUGCCACCCAUUUGGCAGAAAUAGCACAACUGGCACAACAACAAUCGCCCACACAUAACAACAAGCCGUUGCGAGUUGUGGCAGAUCUGACCAAAACCGCAGACAUCGAGCGACUGGUCGGCGAAAUUGUGUACAAAUUCGGUCGAUUGGACGCAAUGAUCACAUUUGCCAACAGUUAUCCCCUGUUGAACAUUACGGACACAAACCUAAUAGAUGUGUGGGACCAGACAUUACGGGCCGAUCUCAGGGCCACCGCUGAGCUCUUUCACCUGACCUACCCUUUGCUGGAGAAGGCCAGGGGUUCCGCCACUGUUGUCGCCACCAUUGCCGGCGUCGCACCGGUUGCUGUGGAACUGGCCUAUAGUACCGCCAAACCAGGCAUUCAACACAUGGUUAAAAAUCUAGCCCUCGAGUUGGGCGCAAAGGGAGUGCGAGUGAAUACUAUCAAUGUUGGUGCGAUUACACCCGACGGCACAAAUCUCGGUAACCCAGUGUGUGCGCUGAUAAAGAAAAAGGCACCGUUGGGUCAUUUGGGUGUACCCUUGGAUGUGGCCAAAGGGGCUGUGUUUUUAUCGUCAUCUGAUGCCAAGUAUAUCACCGGGGCCAAUUUGGUCAUCGAUGGCGGUAUCAUUUAUAAUUACCCCUCUUAUUUUAAAUAA